CAAAAUCAGACUGGGUUUGUAGUGGCAAACAUGAAGUUCUCGCUUAUCCUGCUGGCGGGUCUCUGCACCCUGGCCUACUCUGCUGUUUUGCAAGCGCACAAAGUCAAAGUUGACCAAGAAUACAUUCAAAAGCAGAAGCAAAUUUGGCAUUUAGUUGAUCACAUCAACCAACCAAGCCAUUAUCAUGAACACAUAGAGAUUGCUAAAUCUUACCAUAUUGAAGACCAUGUGGAUCAGUACACAAAAGCGGAUGUGGUCAAGAAGUUCACCCAGUACUGGAAAUACGGAAUGCUUCCAAAAGGUGAAAUCUUCUCCAUAAUGUACCAGGACCAUAUGGAGCAAGCCAUAGCCCUCUUCCAGAUGUUCUACUACGCCAAGGAUUAUCAAACCUUCUACAAAACCGCAGUCUGGGCCCGUCAGCACGUCAACGAGGGUAUGUUCCUUUACUCUCUUUCGGUAGCAGUGGUACACCGUCCCGAUACAUACGGAAUCAUCCUUCCUCCAAUCUACGAGGUCUAUCCUCACUACUUCUACAACACUGAGGUCAUCCAUCAAGCUCAGGUAUAUAAACAGCAACACUACGACCAGCAACAUCGCGAAAAACAUGGGGAUUACGAUUACACCAUCGUUGCUAACUAUUCCGGUCACUACCUGAACCUUCAUCCAGAACAAUCCAUGUCCUAUUAUCUUGAAGACGUAGGUCUCAACGCUUUCUACUACUACUACCACCUGUACUAUCCAUUCUGGAUGUCUGGUGAAGAGUACGGACUCAAGAACGACAACCGUGGUGAACUGUUCUACUAUAUGCACCAGCAAAUACUGGCGCGUUACUAUUUAGAACGUCUUAGCAAUGGACUUGGUGAAACUGCUUUCUUCAAUUGGGAUGUACCUGUUGAAACUCCGUAUUAUCCAUCCCUUGAGUACCCCAACGGGCUCGAAUUUCCUUCCAGGCCUAAGUUUGCUGACCUUCAUGAAUACUUCUACAACUACGGACAAAGCUGGACAACCAGAGAUCAAUACGGAUACAGCCCAUCAAACGUCAAAGAUGCUGAAAGGCGCAUUAAUGACGUAAUUGAUUUUGGCUACGCUUAUACUAAUGAAGGCAAGAAAGUCGCCUUGUUCACCAAAGAAGGCAUGAAUGUGCUUGGUAAUCUAAUCGAAGGUAAUCAAGAUUCUCCUUACCAAGAGUUCUAUAGACCCAUUUGGUACUAUGCUCGUCACCUUCUUGGAUAUUCCUACCAAGCUUUAGACAAACACCAUGUCGCACCAUCAGCUUUAGAACACUUUGAGACUUCAAUGAGAGACCCAGUCUUCUAUCAGUUGUACAAGAAAAUAGUCCUGAAAUUCCAAAGAUACAAGCUCCGUCUUCCUGCUUACACUGAACAUGAUUUGACUUUCCAAGGAAUUAAGGUGGUAAAUGUUGAAUUCGAACGUCUCCUUACAUACUUCGAGAAGUUCUACUCAGAUAUCACCAACGCUGUAUAUUAUACUUCUGAAGAACUAGACAGCAACAAACAUCCACACUUCCGUGUUGAGCAGUACCGCCUUAACCACAAACCUUUCAACUACAAAGUCGUUGUUAAAUCCGAUAAAGAAACCAAAGCUGUGGUUAAAAUCUUCAUUGGGCCAAAAUAUGACCAGUACGGACGUCACAUUAACAUCACCGAGAACAGACUGAAUAUGUUACAAUUCGACCACUUCGUCUACGAUCUCAAAACUGGAGAAAACGUCAUUACACGCAACUCCCAAAGUAGUUACUUCUACGGACCUGAUCGUACUUCUUAUUAUGAUCUGUACAAGCAAAUUUUGGGUGCUGGCAAUGGACAAACAGAUUACUACGUCGAUGGAAGACAGAACUACUUCUACUUCCCACAAAGAUUCAUGUUACCUAAAGGUACCCAAGAUGGUAUGACCUUCCAGUUCUACGUUAUCGUCUACCCUUACGUGCCAUACCACGGACAACAAGAACACCAUGAACAGGAUCAUCGUUUCAACUACCCUAAGGUCGGAACUGGAGGGCUGUACAUAGAUGGAUAUGCCCUUGGGUAUCCACUUGACCGUAACAUCAAGUACGAGAAGAUGUGGUACCACAUACCCAACUCUUAUUUCUACGAAACCAAAAUAUAUCACAAGCACAGUGAUGACGACAAUAUCCAUCAUCAUCUCCAUCAUGAACAUUAGACUGAUCCAUAAGACUAUGUAAAAAGUUUUAUAUUUUUACAAAUAUAUUGUUUGCAAUAAAAAAGUUAUAUUA